AGUUCCUCCGCGUACCUAGUGACCGGAAGCAUUCUCUUUGCGUCUGCGCAUCCUCCCGUUCUUUUUUUCCCCGCUUCACGUUGAAAAUGGCGACGCCAGCGAAAGUCACUAAACCUGAAGGGAAAAAUAAUCACGAUGCUGCAGAUGAACAGGCUGAUAAAGAGCAACAAGAAGCUAUUGAACAAAUAGAUGAAGUUCAAAAUGAGAUAGACAAACUAAAUGAAAAUGCUAGUGAAGAGAUCUUGAAGGUGGAACAGAAAUACAACACACUAAGGCAGCCUUAUUUCAAGAAGAGAUCAGACCUUAUAGCCAAAAUUCCAAACUUUUGGGUUACUGCUUUUGUUAAUCACCCUCAAGUAUCAGCCUUACUCAAUGAAGAUGAUGAGGAGGCUCUUCAAUAUCUUACCAAAGUUGAAGUUCAAGAAUUUGAAGACAUUAAAUCCGGCUACAGAAUUAAUUUUUACUUUGAUACAAAUCCUUACUUUUCCAAUGAAAUGUUGACAAAGGAGUUUCAUUUGAAUGAUACUGGUGACCCUUCAUCACAGUCUACACCUAUAAAAUGGAAGGAAGGAAAAGAUUUGACAAAAAAAGGAAGUGCAACCAAAGGAAAAAAGAGAACUCACGAAGACCAAGAAUCAUUUUUCAGUUGGUUUAGUGACCAUGGAGAUGCUGGUGCUGAUGAGUUGGGAGAAGUUAUUAAAGAUGAUAUCUGGCCUAAUCCUUUACAGUACUACUUGGCAUCUGAAAUAGAUGAGGAAACAGGAGGUGAUGGUGGUGAAGCUGAUGAUUUGGAUGAUGAAGGAAACUAUGAAGAUGAGGAGGAACCUGAUGAGGAAGGAGAGGAAGAAGGUGAAGGAGAAGAAGAUGAGGAAGAAGAAGGUUAAACAUAACGGACCAUUUUAAUAUUUUUACUUUUUUUUUUCCUGAAUGUUUUGUUAUAAUUUUGCUAUCAUUGUCAUACCAUCAUCAUCAAGUGACCAUGUCAACAUUUGGAGAAACAUGUUCUUGAUUCCAUCUCCAGCAUUGUUUAUUGAAAGAAUGUGUCUUGUGUUUUGUCUUCUUUACAAAUAAAAUAAAGCAUACAAACCAAUGUAAGCCUUGUCUGUCACAAUUUGAGUUUUUAAUUUCAACCUUCUAUUUCCAUUUUAGCCAAAUUUUUCUUUUCUUUGUAAAUAGUUUUGAAAGUUUUCCUCCCACAAUUUUUAAAGCCAAGUCUCAUUACAUUCAUAUGUAAUUGCAACUCUAGUAUCAUUCAAUUCCGUUUUGUUUUGUUUGUUGUGUAUUAAGAUGACAUAUCUGUAAGAAAAUAAAAGUAUUGCAGCAUAGCGUCCAUCAGAAAAGAGUAGAGCCACAUCUAUUUAUUUUUUACUUUGUUUGUACUUUUAAUUUAAUGUUUUUGUUUCCAUUUUGCGUUUGAGGGGUGUAAAUAUAUAAUAUAUAUAUAUAACAAUGGGAAUGUAUAAUCCUCACUAAAAGAACUCAAUUUGUCAAGGUGGUAUGACAUAAGGCUCACUUUGUGAGACUUGGUUUUUACAUUGGAGUAUUUUAUCUAUUGUUCACUUUUAUUUUGUUACUGAUUGAGACAAUUCUUGACUGUUUGGCAUAUUUGUUGUCAUUUUAUUGUAGCUGCCAUAAAGGACAAACUGAUCAACCUUAAAACACAUUGUCUUGUCCUUAUUGAAAGGUCCAGGUCAUGUUCCUUCAUCAAAUCUUCAUUUUGUAAGCUCAUGCCUAUCAAAAAUAAAUGUUGAAACUUGUCCAAAUGAAAA